AUGGCUGCCACUGUUGCCCGGACCGUCGGUUCCCUGCGACUCGCUGCGAAUUCUCUUCGCACGAGCUUCCUGCGAUCCUCCACCUGUCUCACGGCAUCCGUCGCUCGCGUCGCUGUAGCGCCAUGCCGGGCGAUCAGUCACAGCCAAUCGGCGAAGCUGGGGUCUCGAGGGAUCCACUCUGCAUCCAAUCAGGGCCGACCAUCCACGCGGCUUCGCGCAUUUGAGGUCUCCGGACCUGGCGCCGUCAAUUCAGCAACGGCUACCGCGAUGCGGGAAAAGAUCGCCCUAGCUCUGGAGGCUGACAACGUGACCGUUGUGGAUGUCAAUGGCGACGGCCAGCAUGUCAGCAUUGAGGUGGUAUCCAAGCUGUUUGAGGGUAAGCGCAGCUUGGACAGGCAGCGCAUGGUAUAUAGGGCUAUAUGGGAGGAGCUCCAAGGCGCAGUACAUGCCGUUGACUCGCUCGUUACAAAAACGCCUUCGGAAGUGUAG